AUGAUCACGGCAGGAUCAUGGAGACGUGAUCAUAUGAAGAUGCGCUGCAUCAGUUUGGCUAUCUCGUUCUUUGGUUUCUCGUGUCGCCGGGGGAUUUCAGCUACCGGGUUUACGGUUCUUGGCAUUGUGAAUAAACUGUUAACAGUUGUGAUCAAUUUGGUUAUAUGGGAUAAACACUCAACUUUCGUUGGAACUUUGGGACUCUUGAUCUGUAUGUUUGGUGGAGUCAUGUAUCAACAGUCCAAGAGCAAGAAACCAAAAGCUUUACAAGAAGAUGAAUCGCAAAAGCAAGAUGAUGAACUAAAGAAACUGCAUGAGAGCGAGGAAGCUUAUAAUAAACUAUGA